AUGGCUCAGGCAACGCUCCCAGCCGUCGAUCCCAAGGCCCAGAGCUUCCGACUGCUGAGCGGCCACGCCAUCCCCGCCGUCGGACUGGGCACUUGGAGAUCGGGCUCCGACGCCUCCUCCGCCGUCCACGCCGCCAUCGUUGAGGCCGGUUACAGGCAUAUAGACACCGCCUGGGAGUACAAAGUUCAAGAAGAGGUUGGGCAUGGGCUCCAGUCAGCUAUGCAAGCAGGAGUCGAUAGGAAGGAUCUGUUCAUCACAUCAAAACUUUGGUGCACCGAGUUGUCCCCGGACAGAGUUCGACCAGCAUUGAAGAACACCCUCCAAGAAUUGCAGCUUGACUACCUCGACCUUUAUCUGAUCCACUGGCCAUUCCGCCUCAAGGACGGUUCCAGCCGGCCUCCAGAGGCCGGCCAGGUUUUAGAUUUUGACAUGGAAGGUGUGUGGAGGGAAAUGGAGAAGCUUGUCAAGGACAAUCUGGUUAGGGACAUUGGAGUCUGUAAUUUCACCCUCAAGAAGCUCAAUAAGUUGCUGGGAUUUGCGGAAACAAUGCCCUCUGUUUGUCAGAUGGAGAUGCAUCCGGGAUGGCGAAAUGAUAAGAUGUUGGAGUUCUGCAAGAAAAACAGCAUCCAUGUCACGGCAUACUCUCCGCUGGGCUCAUCCGAAGGAGGCCGAGAUCUGAUCCACGACAGGACGGUGGAGAAAGUGGCGAGGAAGCUGAACAAGAGCGCAGGGCAGGUGCUGGUGAAAUGGGCCGUCCAGAGGGGCACGAGCGUCAUCCCGAAGUCGACCCACCCCGACCGGAUCAGAGAGAACACGCAAGUCUUCGGGUGGGAAAUCCCGGAGCAAGACUUCCAGGCGUUCUGCAGAAUGCCCAAUCAGAAGAGGGUGCUUGAUGGAGAAGAAUUGUUUGUGAACAAAGAGGCAGGGCCGUUCAGAAGCGUGGCCGAUCUCUGGGACCACGAGGACUGAUUCACCAAGAAUGCGUGACCACUG